AUGGACAUUAACGAGGAUAUGAUCAAGGAAGAGGUCAGCAGUUUUGUCACAAGCUUACAGAAAUUACUGCCGAAGAAAAAGGAGUUCAUUGUCAUUGAGAAACAGAAACCUAAGUUGAUAAGACUCAGUGAUGUCCACGCAGAAGCAAAAAGUGUCUUCCCGACUUGUUUUACCGGCGCUAAACUGGUUGUGUUGAGAGAAAUGCUGGAUAAAGUGAAAUUAGUUCAACAGUACAAUUACGGUAGAACCAAGGAACCUUACAAAUGCUUCAAUCAAUUAAUCCAUAAAGAAAUGGAGCCAAAACAUGCGGACGAAGGUCUCGUGGUUGACUCGUCUGGUUCAGCUACGGCUACGUAUACGGAAGUGCUCGAUGGUGCAUACCAAAUGCGGUUAACGUCCAAGAUCAAAGAUUUGGUGUCAUCGGAAACGGAAAUGGUAAUAGAGAGAGAGCAUGAAAAAUCUGUCGGCUCUAUCUCAUGUUGUGUGAAAGAUGUAGAUCCCAAUACAUUACGGUUUGUGACCCAGUGGACUUACAAAGUUGUGCCGGAUUUCAGUGUGGGAACAGAGCUGAACUUUAGACCACUAUCGUUGCCUGCUGUACCUGAUCUUUCAUUAAGUGCAAGAUAUGAAAAGGCCUCUUUUACUUUAUCGACAACGGUGACCCGGACCGGCUUUCAAGCCUGUCUGUAUAAGCAGUUUACCCCUGACCUCAGAAUAGCUACAAUAGUCAAUGAGAGAACUCAAGGACCUACAACUAUAGGUGUAGCUCUUCACAAGAAAUACUACAACGGAUCAGAAUUGAAAAUUUUCGUGGACUCCUUACAUUGUGGUGGUUUUACUUUCCAAAAGGAUGUAUUGUUUCAUGAGGGCAUUAACGAAGUUCGAGUGCUGAGAAUCAUAGGGAGCACUCUCAUAGACAAACAGAAGAGAGUGCGUUUUGGUUUCGGAUUAAAUUUGGACUUCUGA